AUGGUCCGCCUGGGCUGGGCUGCCAGCGCCUGUCGCUUCUUCCAGAGCCCAGCGAGGCAGUGGAGGCAGCUGCAGCAGCAGCUGAAGCAGCAGCAGGAACAGGCCGGACCACCCCCGCGUGACCUGACCCUUGGUCCCCCAUGCCCCGACGUCUGCAAGAUGCUGAGCCCUGGGUCCCGGCGGCUGCUGCUGCUGCUGCUCUCGCUGUGGGGGCCGCUGCUUCGGAGGGCGGAGACAGGCUCUGAGGGGCAGACGGCGGCAGAGCUGUACCAGCGCUGGGAACGGUACCGCCGGGAGUGCCAAGACACCUUGAAGGCAGCGGCGCCCCCCUUAGGUCUCGCCUGCAACGGGUCCUUCGAUAUGUAUGCCUGCUGGGACUACGCUGCACCCAACGCCACUGCCCGCGCCUCCUGCCCUUGGUACCUGCCCUGGCACCAGCACGUGGCCACGGGCUUUGUUCUCCGCCAGUGUGGCAAUGAUGGCCAAUGGGGACCUUGGCGGGACCAUUCCCAGUGUGAGAACCCAGAGAAGAAUGCAGUCUUCCAGGACCAAAGGCUGAUCUUGGAGCGGCUGCAGGUCGUGUAUACUGUCGGCUACUCCCUGUCCCUUGCCACGCUGCUGCUGGCCCUGCUUCUCUUGAGUGUCUUCAGGAGACUGCGCUGCACUCGCAACUACAUCCACAUCAACCUGUUCACCUCGUUCAUGCUGCGGGCCGCAGCCAUCCUCACCCGAGACCGUCUGCUGCCCCCUCCUGGCCCCUAUCCUGGGGACCAGGCCCCGACCCUCUGGAGCCAGGCCCUAGGCGCUUGUCGCACGGCCCAGAUCAUGACCCAAUACUGCGUGGGCGCCAACUACACUUGGCUGCUGGUGGAGGGCAUCUACCUGCACAGCCUCCUAGUGCUCGUGGGAGGCUGCGAGGGGGACCACUUGCGCUGUUACCUGAUCCUCGGCUGGGGGGCCCCCGCGCUUUUCGUCAUUCCCUGGGUGAUCGUCAGGUACCUGUACGAGAACACGCAGUGCUGGGAGCGGAACGAUAUUAAAGCCAUCUGGUGGAUCAUCCGCACCCCUAUCCUCGUGACCAUCUUGAUUAAUUUCCUCAUCUUUAUCCGCAUUCUUGGCAUCCUCGUGUCCAAGCUGAGAACGCGGCAGAUGCGCUGCCCGGAUUACCGACUGAGGCUGGCGCGCUCCACGUUGACGCUGGUGCCCCUGCUGGGUGUCCACGAGGUGGUGUUCGCGCCCGUGAUGGAGGAACAGGCCCGGGGCACCCUGCGCUUUGCCAAGCUCGGCUUUGAGAUCUUCCUCAGCUCCUUCCAGGGAUUCCUGGUCAGCAUCCUCUACUGCUUCAUCAACAAGGAGGUGCAGUCGGAGAUCCGCCGAGGCUGGCACCGCUGCCGCCUGCGCCGCAGCCUCGGCGAGGAGCAGCGCCACCCGCCAGAGCGCGUCUCCCGGAUCCUGCCCAAGGACCCCGGCCCCGGCAAGGUCCCCACCGGCCGCGCCCUGUCCUUGGGGACCCUCCCAAGGCCUGGGGAUGAGGCCAGCAGGGUUUUGGAAAGUUACUGCUAGGCAGUGGAAUUCCUGUGUCCAUUCAGUUAGCACGUAUUUAUUGAGCGCCUACUGAGUG